UCGGCCGGAGUUGGCGGUCUUCCGAGAGCCCCUCCAUGUGAAAUUCAAAAUUCUCUCCAUUUGUUUGAAUCCUUGGCUGUUAAAACAAUCCUCGGCAUUCAUUGAUUCGUCCCCGCGUGACUGAUCAUGAGUUAUUCAAGAGUCGUCUCCGGAGUUUGAUCAUCUCGUGAUUUUCUUAUGAAUAGAAAAUCUCCAUGAGUCGUGCGACACCAGUCAAUGCCCUCUCGCCAAACAUAUUUUAUUCACUGGAUUACUUCACCAGUGGAAUAUAAUCCGUUCUCCCCUCGCGAAUAUUUUGUCGCAAUGCACGAGUGAGUGAAUGUGAAGCCAUGUUGUUCUUCGGUACUGUCAAGAUGAAGUCUCAGCCGAGAAGGAGCUUCAACGAGACCGCACUCUGCUCACCGAGAAAUCUCUCCCUGACGUGGAGAAAUAUAUCGUACACGGUUAAGAGACGGAGGAAUGGGGGAUAUAUCAUGGAUUUAGUGAGGGGCAGACGCAUGGAGGACGUCCAACUGCUGCAUGGAGUCAGUGGUGUCGUUAAAUCGGGUACUCUCAUGGCGAUAUUAGGGCCAAGUGGAGCUGGAAAAACAACACUGCUAGCAACUAUCAGUAAACGCCUGAAAGGAGAAGCCACCGGAGAGGUCCUCCUAAACGGCAAGCCCGUUGACAACCACCUGAUGUCGAGAAUAUCGGGCUUCGUCCCGCAACAGGAUUUAUCCGUAGAGACCCUCACAGUCCAGGAGCACAUGGAGUUCAUGGCUCGAAUGAAGAUGGACCGCAGGUUCCGAACGCCCUCCCGCCGCCAGAGAAUCGAAAAUCUCCUGAGCGAUCUGGGCCUCCGCGAGUCAAGACUCUCGAAGCUAUUAACCCUCUCCGGGGGAGAACGUAAACGAGUUUCCCUGGCUGUUCAACUUCUCACCGAGCCCACCAUAUUAUUCUGCGACGAACCGACAACCGGGCUCGAUAGUUACUCCGCGUUGGUGGUGGUGCGAACCCUUCGAGAUGUUGCAGCCCGAGGAAGAGUAGUUGUUUGCUCGUUACAUCAGCCCGCCUCAGGACUCCUCGAAUUAUUCCACGAGGUCCUUCUCCUCACCUCCGGCAAAGUUGCCUUUCAGGGUAGUUCAAUGGACGCCACGUCUUUCUUCGCAAGCCUGGGUCUCCAUUGUCCCCCAACUUUCAACAACGCCGAGUUCUUCGUCUCGCAGUUAUCAUUGACUUGGGGCAGCGAAGCCGAAAGUACGAAGAAGGUUAAUUGGAUCUGCGAGGAAUUCGAGGGUUCCGAGUACGGUAAGCGAAUGAAAAGAGCCAUCGACAGGUCUUGCAACGGAGAUCACGAGGAACGCGCCCCCCACCCAGUUUUUGCCGAGGGUGUUCUGCCAGUCAGCGACUUCAAGAAAAUUCGAGCCCUCACCCAGCUCGAGUGGCUGACCUGGAGGAGUUACGUUGAUUACCGGAGAAAUUGGAGUGUCAUUCUCCUCAGAUUUUGCUUGUACAUGUGUAUAGGAAUCCUCCUUGCAACACCUUACAUCGACGUAGCCGAGAACAUCGACCAGAACGGAAUACAAAAUAUGCAGGGGCUCAUGUAUCUGGUCGUUACCGAGACUGUAUUUACAUUCAAUUACGGUGUCUUCUAUACAUUUCCCAAGGAACUUCCACUUCUGCUGAGGGACAUGGCCAGCGGGCUCUAUUACCCAGCUCCCUAUUAUCUCAGCAAAAUUGCUGUUCUGAUACCCGGCUCAAUUGUUCAGCCAUUUCUCUAUGCAGCGUUGAUUUACAGCAUAGCCGGUCUCAAAGGCGGCAUCACUGGGUUCAUUUACUUCGCAAUACCCGUCGUACUGUGCGCCACAUCAGCAUCAGCUGUCGGUUGUCUCAUGUCUGCCUCCUUCAAAUCAAUCGAUACUGCCUCGCUACUAUCCGUGCCCAUCGAUUUUCUCACGUUAAUUUUCAGCGGAAUUUAUCUUCAUCUCGGAAACUUGCCACCGAGGAUCGCCUGGCUCAAGUACAUCUCGCAGUUUUAUUAUAGCACCGAGGCGGUGUCGUUGACUCAGUGGAGGGAAUAUGAUCAUAUAAAUUGUCCACCAGAUCCUGAGGAGCCCUGCAUAUCCUCGGGUGCGGGAGUCCUCGAGAAAUACGGGUUUGUCGCUGGUAAUUACUACAUGGACCUUGUGGGCCUCAUUGCAAUAUUCACACUGGGACAUUUCGCUGGCUUCUUGGCUAUACGCUACCGAAGCAAGAAGGAGCCCGUUUAUUAACAAGAAGAUUCCUUUACAAAUGGAUUAAGGAGAAAGUUAGUAAUGUGUUUAUUAGGAAAUAUAUACUCCUGAACUUUUA